AUGGCAUCCUCAGACCUGGAAGAUUUGGGCCUUCACAUCAACACAAAGAUUUCAACUAUUAAAAGGACUCUUCAGUUAAGGAACAUAGGUCAAGAGCCAUCCCUCAAAUCUAUGCUCUGUAAAAUAGGGCAGGAGAUGAUUCUCUUGCAUGAUCUCCUGAAUAAAAUGGAAACUGGGGUUCAACAGCAAGAAAAACUGAAGAACUUGCUAAAAGAGCUCCAGAAGUCUGCUGAGAGGGAGCAAAAUGAAGCACAGCAUCUCUAUGAAAAUAUUCCUCCCUACCUGCCUAAACCAACUCGGAGCUGCCUUGCGGGGCAGAUUGUGAAAAGUGAAGAACAAAGCAAAGUUGUGGAACCUGAGCGUGCCAAAAAACCCCCAAAAGAGCAAAGACCCAUUAAGGAAGCAGCUUUAAUAACUGCAGAAGAGUUUGAAAGUGUUCCUGGGUACAUGAAAGGCCGUUUGAGCUACGAGCAGAUCAAUGUAGUUGUGCAAGAGAUCAACAAGGCUGUGGUGGGCAAGUACAAGAUCCUGCAUCAGCCUUUGAAAUCUAUGAGUGCCCAAGUCAGGAAUCUCUACCACAGGUUUCAGGAUGAGGAAACUAAGGACACAAAAGGUGAAUUCUUUAUCGUGGAGGCUGACAUCAGGGAGUUCACUCAGCUGAAGGUGGACAAACGCUUCCACAGCAUCCUCAACAUCCUGCGCCACUGCCAGAGGCUCAGGGAGGUUCGCGGCUCCAGGCUCGUCCGCUACGUCGUCUGCUGAAGAGCUCCCCCUGUGCCCGAGAUGCAGAAGGCAGAAAGAUUCGGAGCUGCUGAGGGAUUUCCUUGCCUGCAGAGAGUUUCUACCUGUGGGUGUUGCUGUUUUCUAAAAGGCAGUAGCAACAAGCACCGUGAUUUGUCAGCCCUCUACCCACGGCAAUAAAUAUCGAAGGAGCUGAGUUUUGGUUUGAAAACUGGAGAGGAAUGACUGGUUUUUGGUAAUUUUCCCCCCAGAUUGCUCUGCCUGUGGUUCUAAUCCCCUCUG